CAUUCACAAUGGACGCCAUAUCAAGCACAGCUUUUGGGAUCGAAGUGGAUUCCCAAAGUGACUUCAAAACUGCUUUCGUUGAAGAGGCAAAGAAGUUCUUUGGGGAAGGAAACCAAAACCCUCUCGUCGUGAUUGCUAUGAUGUUUCCCGCCCUCACCCCUUGUUCAGAGCCCUAGGUGUGAGCUCGUUUUCAAGGAGCACUCUUAAGUUCUUCACGAAGGUUCUGAAUGAAAUGAUUGAACAACGGAAGGUUAAUUUGAAGGAAGGAAAGAUGAAAAGACAAGACUUCUUUCAACUUCUGAUGGACGCAGAGGAUGAUGGGACUGACACUCAAGGUGGAUCUCAGAAAAAAAAAAAAUGACCAACGACGAAAUAAUAGGUCAGGCUUUGUUAUUCUUCAUUGCUGGAUACGAAACAACUGCCAACACCCUCCAUUUUGUUGCCUACUCCUGGCAAAGAACCCGGAUGUACAAAAGCGGCUCACGGAAGAGAUCGAUUCGGUUUUGGGAGAUAAAACCCCAGACUAUGACAAUAUUGGCGGCCUGAAAUACUUGGAUCACGUGAUCAUGGAGACUCUCAGACUGUAUCCUGUUGUAUCUGGAUUAGGACGUAGCGUAACGGAGACUGUUACCAUUACGGGUUUCACGUUCCCCAAGGGCUGUGCUGUCCACAUCCCUACCUUCGCGAUACACAGGGAUGGUGAUAUAUACCCUGACCCCGAUAGCUUCAAGCCUGACAGAUGGGAACGGAAGUCUGAAAUGGACCCCAUGAGUUAUCUCCCCUUCGGUCAUGGUCCCCGUCAGUGUGUGGGAAUGAGGCUUGCACAGGUGGAGAUGAAGAUGGCGCUUGGUCGGAUUCUCAAAAAGAUCCAAUUUGUGGCAACGGAGGACACCUUGGCAUCCGUCGGAAUGGACGACGUCACUGUACACACAGGCAUAUUGAACCCCAAGAAACCAAUCAUGCUCAAGGUCAAAAUCCGGCCUGACAAGUGAUGUGGGAAACCUCAACAGCGCCCUUCAGACCCUGGAUGCGCUAUGAUGCUGCUCUAGAAUCGCUUGUGUUUGCUUCAAGGCCAUCAACUAUUGUUAAAAUCCCUAGAAUAGAUAUAUCGGAGAAAUGAUAUAAAACUCCGCUCUUAUUGUUGCCUAAUGUAUUAUACGUUUAAACUUUUAUGAAUAGCUUGCUUAUUUCUUUCUCUGCAAAGCUCGCACAUCUACGUGCGAGUGAAUUCUUUGAAAAUCGCAGCGACGGUCCGAUUGAACUCGUAAACUAUUCACGAGUCUGGAUUAUCACCAUGUUAAACAAAGAGUUGAAUUCCGAUACCAUCUGCAAGCAUUUUAAUUUCUCCAUUGAUUUGAUUACCAGAAACACCAACCGAAAGUUUUUCAUAUAUUACGUCUUUUUAUUGUUAAGAAUAUUCAGUCCCAGCUUUUUCACUGGUAGAUGUUUGAACAUUUUCCACUUAAGGAUGGAGAACGAUAUAUGGAUGAACAACUUCUUUAUUGUAAUAAAAUAUUAUUUUUAUUAUUUUAUUGUAAUAAAGAAGUUGUCCAUCCAUAUCUUGUUAGCCUUCCUUACUGAUCCAUAUUCUAAACGCCUCUCAAAGAAAUGUUCCCCUCAAAACUGGUUUGGAGCUCUUUCGAAUCAUAGUAUCUUUCAUUUUGACAAAAGUAUUUCAUUGCUCAUAAAAUAACGACGGUACUCUUUUCUGCAUUAUGUAAAAUUCUUAAUCUUGCAGCUGGCACCGGUCACUUGUGAAAUAGAAAGUACGGACUCCCUUCAGACCAGAUGUUUGAAGUCAGGUUGUUGAACAAAGCUCUUGUCAUUUAUCCAAAAAACCAACGCCUCCUUUUCCUAUUGUUGAUGAAUCUGCGAUGUGAUUGUACAGUGCGAUGGUGUUGUAUACGUGAUGUCCUAUAGGUCUUUUGGGAACAUAUGCGAAUAAAAUUGUCUUUCAGUGCCUUCCAUGUCACACUUUUCUCUUUACUACUUGACUUUAGCCAUAUAUACAAAUAAACUGUCAGUGCCUAACAUGCUGUUGCACUUUGCUGUGUAUUAUUGGCCUUUUGGCCACAUGUAAAUAAACUGUCUGUCUAUCUGUC